AUGUCAUCAACUAUGCAUAUUGUUGCUCUGAUAGAUAAAAAAUCACGGCAGAAUGGUAUGGAAUAUGGAAUUGGACGUUAUCGAUUUGAAGAAAAUCAAUUCGGUACAAUUCGUUAUAAAAUAUCACCAAGUGCUAGGCAAACAAAAUAUUGUCUUCCAUUCUCUGAAGGUGAUGUUGUUACAAUGGUAGGAAAAUUUUCCUAUGAAAUUGUAGAUAAAAUAGAAUGUUUUACGGUACG